AUGGCUAACAGGGGGAGGAGGAACACCGUUGGAGCUGACGACAUAGCUCAGGCGAUCCAUCGUAUGGUGGACGCGAUGCAGCCCAUAGCAGCGCCACCCAGAGCUGUAGUGGCACCUACCAGGCCGGUAUCUAUGGAGAAUUUCAUGAAACACCGACCGACCAAGUUCUCUAGCAAGGUCACUCCUGAUGAGGUAGAUGCCUGGAUGCGGGAGUGUGCGAAGAUCUGUCGGGUGUUGGAAUUCACGGAUGAGCAGAAGUUGUUGUUUGUCACAUUUCUCCUGGUGGCAAACGCGGAGUACUGGUGGCAGGGGAUGCAGCAGUUGAUGCAGAUCCAUGAGGAGCAGGUGACCUGGGCUACCUUCAGGACGAGGUUCCUGGAGAAAUAUUUCUCGGACAGUGCGAGGCAUGAGCGGGAAGCAGAGUUCCUCACGUUGCAGCAGGGAACCAUGACUAUGGAGGCAUACAUUGAGAGGUUCGAGUACCUUGCACGUUUCUACACUCUGGUGGUCACUGAGGAUUGGAGGUGUAGGAAGUUCGAGGGGGGACUAAAACAUGAGCUACGCAGAUUCUUGGUACCUCUCAGAAUCAGAGAGUUCCCGGUUUUGGUCGAACAGGCCAAAACAGUUGAGCAGCUGGACAUUGGGGCCCAGCCGAGCAGCACGACCACAAAAGGCUGUGACAGACACUCGUCAACAGAAGAAACCUUAUAG